AUGAUUCAGAGGGUUAAAGUGACCAUCCGAGUGGGCAGAACUUGCCAACAUCACAUCAGGACUUUCGUGGAAAACAUAGUGCAGGCGCUGUGCCGGGAAUCAGCUAGCAGCAAUCUGUCGGUACCCUUCCAAGUACUGUUGAUAGUGAGGAGAAAACGUGAUCAUAGAAGACCAGUAAGGAAGCUCCUCAAAUCGGGCAUUGACCCCAAUAUAGUGAACCGAUUUGUUCGGACUGCCGUUCUGGUCAGUGUGCGUGUGGCAGAGCUCUUGCUGCAGUACGGAGCAGAACCCAACACCCCAGACCCGGCAACCCUCACUCUACCAGUACACAAUGCUGCUCUGGAGGGCUUCCUGGACAGUCUGAUGCUGUUUCACCGGGCUGGGUCACGGUUGGAUGUCAAGGAUUCCCUGGGUCGCCUUCCCAUGGACCUAGCUGAGGAAGAGAGACACCGCCUUGUUGUCAGAUAUCUUUGCGAAGUGGUGAAAGGAGGACUGAAAUCCACCGUCCUGGAUGUAGAAUGGAAUCCUCCAGAUUACAAUAUUCUCCAUCAACGGGGAAGGCCCUUCAAAAAGCAGGAAGACUGAGAGUCUCAAGAAAGGGCUUCCAUCUUUCCCCCUUCUCUGGAGUCUCAAAAGACUUAGUUCACCAUACUUACACUGUCUUACUUUGCCUUCAGCUAAACCUCCCUUAUUUUCAUAUUUGUCCGAGAUAAAUUUUUGAAUAAACCUGCUUUUCUAAACAAA